CCAACGUGCGCAGGUGCCAGAAGACCGCGCACCUGCGCCGCAGAGCUAAGCGCCUUCGGACGGGGCAGAGCCUGGCCGGGCCGGAGCUUCCACCACUUUAGUGAAGCGCCGGUGGGGCUGAGGCGAGCGGACGAGACGGAGUUCACCGCGCCGGCGGUACCCCGCGGCGGCCCGGCCCGGCCCCCCGUCCCCAGCGCCGGCGGAGCGGGGCCGCGCCGGGCCAUGGCGGAGCGGGGCUGCCCCCGAUCUGCGCGUGGGGGACGCGCCGGGGCGGGCGGGCGAGCCGUACCCGGACCUGCAGAGGGGCCGCGGGGAAGCCGCGCCGUGCCGAGGUCGCUGGAGGGCCGUCGCUGCCUAUACCUGCACACGGGCCGGGCCUGCUGCCAGAUGGUGGAGGUCCUGCUCGCCGCCCUGAUCCUGGUCUGCAGCUCCGUGUCCUGUGGCUCGGCGGGCGGAUACACCGGCCUCCCCGCCCUGGGGGGCAUCUACUACUACCAAUACGGCGGGGCCUACAGCGGCUUCAGUGGAGCGGAUGGGGAACGAGCCCAGCAGCUUGACCAACGUUUCUACCUACUGAAGCUGCCCAUUGCAAGGGCAGCGAUGGCCGUGGGAGGAUGUCUCCUGGUCUUCCCUUGUGUUGUUAUUUUGGUUGGUGUUCUGCGGGUCCCGUGGCGCUUUCCAGCGUGGCUGCUAAUUGAAUGCACCCUGUACAUAGUGCUUGCAGUUGGCACAGUGCCAGCUCUGUACUAUUUCCUCCAUUCUCUGCUGAGCGUUUAUAAUUCAUCAGUGUGCAAAGAGAGAGAGCAGCUUUAUCAAAGCAAAGGCUAUCAGGGCUUCUGGUGCAGCCUGCAUGGAGCAGAGAUUGCUGCUGGCCUCUUGGGCUGCAUGGCUGCCAUGGCAUACCUGCUCAGUGCAGGCCUAGCUGUCAGAGAUUAUAGGAUGGUUCAUGAACAGAAACAGAAGCCACUGCAAUUAUAAGAACUUCCAAAUUAUUCCUCCACUCCACUAAUGGUCUAGAUUUUUGCCAGUCUCCUUACUGAGAUGAAGCAGUAUGCUUUCCUUUCUUCUGGACAGUCCAGCCUUAAUGCUACAGAACACUCACCAAGCUGGCAUAGCUCUGAAUAUAGUAGAGUCAGGCUAUUCCUAACUUGAAUUCGCAUUAUUGAAUUAUUAGUGACUCAAAGCUGAUGCAAUUGGUUGUCUCUGCGUCACAGGCAGCCCUUCCAUCCCACUCUCAAGUAUCCCCUUCUCCAGUGAGGCCUUGCUAAAAGUAGUGCCACUACAUGCUUCUGCCAGUUAACAGCUUUUUGUAGCUGAAACAGUCUUCACAAAAGGCUGAGAAAAGAGCUUCAAAAAAAAAGUGAUCAAGGCCCAUCGUUGUGACAGCUAAAUAUUGCUUCCUUGUAGGUCUCUUGGAAUUAACGGACCAGUGUGAACACGAAGACAUUUAUAAGGCUAUGAAAAAAAUCCUGAAAAAACCUUGCUAACUCAGUCUUACUUGUGAUACAAUGCCUUUUCAAACUCCUGAAGAGGGCACAUUUUUGUAUCGUCUUUUUAUAUAACUUGUAUACAAGAGUUUUACUUAAAAAUAUUCCCUGAAUUGGGAAAUCAGACAAAAGCUUUCUGAGAUCAAAUGGGUGAUUGAAUACAGAAGUAUAUUGCUUUCAAAAUACAUUUUCAAUGGACAAGUUGGAGAAAUGAGAUGCUGCUCUUAUUUUUUUUUUAGAAAAACCUUUACAGGAAAUUUAACUGGGAAAAGUAGCACUAGCAUCACCAACUCAUGCCUGAAAAUGAAUCGCCACUUCAGAGCAGUGUCCACUAUGUGCAUUGUUCAUAUGAGGAUGGAACCACCACAGUCUCAUAGAUGAGUUAUGCCCAUAUUAAAAAAACUAAACACACCAGAGACAUGCUUUACGUUGGACAUAGCUCUUCUUUCACUGGGACCAGUGACUAAAUCCUCACAACUACCAAAAUUAUGGAACACUAUUAAAACUAGAGACACCAAAGUAAAAUAGAUGCCAAAUAAGAACACACUAAGUGCUUUGGUAUUUGUUUGAUUUCUCCUAUCUUUUAGCAUUGAGUGUCUCAGGGAUUUAUGUGAACAGUACACCGUGGUACUAAUUCUAUUAACAUUUCUGUAUUUCCUCUUGCUGCAGCUACAUUUAGAGCUGUGCAGUGCUAUUGAGAGCAAGUUCACAGGGCAGGAUUCCUCUUGCAGGAAACAGAAAGCUGCCUUAAUUGGUAAGCCUAAUUCUACCCUCACAGUGUUCUGAAAGAAGUUUUUGUAUGGAAGGCUGAUGAGUGAAGUAGCACAUAGAGCUCAGUGAAUAACCCGCAGCACAGCUGCUGCAAGACACAGCUACCUUUGACUGGGAUAUGGCAGAGAUUUCUUUCAGCACAGUAACAGAAUCAGAAUAAGCUGUUAGAUGAAAGUAAAAAUCUUUAUUGCUAAGUCAGCUGAAAAUUCAAUGCAAAAAUACUCUUCCUUCCUGAACUUCUCUAUACAUCUGAAUAAAGAAUCAAUGGACUAGUGAUUUCCAACAA